UCACGACUACAGCCAGUUUCAAUUUGAGUUUGGCUUUAGCUUUUCUAACUGUACCUCUGCACACUCUGGCAAUGCCCUUGUAGUUCUCGACAGAUAAUCCUCCACUUCUCCAUCUCUGGUAUGCUUCCCUUUUGGAUUUGAGUAGACCCAGGAGGUCAUGGUUGAGCCAUGGGGGCCUCUUGCUCCGCUUACUUCCCUUUCCUUUGCAGGGAAGUUUGGUUUUGUGCUUCCAAUAGAGAGUUCUUGAAGAAUUCCCAGCUCUCACUAGCUCCUUUGUCUUCCAUGGAAGCUUCCCAUGGAAUCCCUCCCAGUUGAGCCCUGAGUGAACUGAAGUUUGCUCUUCUAAAAUCCAGAACCCUUGUCUUAGAGCUGACCUUCAGCACUCUCAGCUGGCCUCAUAAUGUGUUUUUCCUUUUCACUUCCUCUUACCUCUUGUGCACACCAGGGGAUUCCUUCAUCAUUCUGGGUUUCUGAUUCCUAUCUAACCUUAGCACAUUUGUAGGUGUUGUAUAAGUCACUCUUGCUGUCAUGUUUCCAAGUCACAUCAAAUUACAAUUAGAGGACUAUGUUAUCUUACAAUACAAAGCACAUGAUACACCUACGUUUCUGAACACUCUGACUCAGGGAACCCCAGCAUCCUGUUCCCUCAGGGCUCCCCCCUUGCGGCCCGGGGGUACAGUGCUUCUCUCUUUGGCCCUGCGUUGGCUGGUGCCUCCCAUAGCUGCAGAUGUCUUUGCCAUGGGUCAUCCACUCUGCUCACUCUCCCCUUCCUUAAAAAGCCUUGGGCUCCAGGACUGGAUUUUCCUAAGCUUGUCAUCACCGUCAGGGCUGGACCAUCUCCUGAGACAUGGCAGAACAAAGGCCAGAGAUUCUGGCAGCCCUACGCCCUGCCCAGGAGGCAUCAGGGAGGGCAGGAGCUGCUCUAGGCCUGUAACCUUGAGCCAGGCUACAGCCAUGGGUUUAUUCUAGGAUCUUCUGCAGGAAACUGCUUGGUGGGGCGAGAGCAGCACUGCCCUGGGUUGACCCUGUCCCAAACACUCCUGCCCCAGGGACUCCACUAGUGAACGCAAACCAUCCCCCGUGCCAGGGCUGAGGCUGUCACAAAUUCAUCACAUGCAUGGCCCCAGGGACCCUGUGGGUGGUAGGUCCCUUCACAGGGCGCUGCUAGGAAGCGGUGCGAGGGGGCCGCUCUUAUGUCCCGGCCGCCCCGGGUCCGGGUCCGGGUCCGGGUCCUGGACCCCCCGCCCCACCGGAGUUAAACAAGCGCCGUUAGCCCUUUAAAUCCGCGCCCCCAGCGGCCGCGCCCCCGCCGCGUCCUCCGAACCGCCCAAUGGGCGGUGGGGAGGGGGGCGGCCCUCGCCUCCGAUUGGCCCGGCGGGGCGCGGCGGCCGGAGCGAAGAUGGCGGCGCCCAGCGGCGGGGGUCCCGGGGCGCGCGGCGGCUGAGGGCGGCCCGGGCCCGCCGCCAUGGACCUGCUGCUGGCGCUGCUCCGCGCCCUGAGGGUGGCCGCGGACCUGCUGGUGCUGGUGCUGGACGUCAACUUCUUCCUGGUGUCUUCGCUGGUGUCGGCGCUGCUCUGGCUACUGGCCGCGGCCUGCAGCCUCCCCGCCGCGGCGCUGGCCUGCUGGGACGGGCUGCUCCUCUCGCUGGCCUCCCUGGCCCGGGCGGCCUGCUGCCUGGCGCUGGGCGGCCUGCAGGCGCUGGGCGGCCUGCUGCGGGGGUGCUGCUGCGGGCUGGAGGGGCUGAAGGCGGCCGGGCACCUCCUCUCGCACCUGGGGCUGCGGGGCAGGGAGCUGCUACAGCGCGGGCUCUGGGGCCUGCUGGGCGGCGGCCAGGCCCUGGCCAGGCAGGUCUGCGAGGUGCUGGCCAUCGGCACCAGCCUGCUGGCCUACCUUGUCAACAGCCUGGUCAACGUCUGCCUCAUCGGCACGCAGAACCUCUUCACCCUGGUGGUGGCCCUGUGGGACUCCGUCGCCGGCCCCUUCCUUAGAGUCACUGACCUGCUGGCUGCUUUCCUUGCGCACGUGUCCAGCGGCGCCAUCGCUGUGGCCAUCCUGCUGUGGUCACCCUGCCGGUUGGCCUUCGAGCUCCUGGCCUCCAUUGUCGAGCUCUUCAUCAACAUCUUCUUCCUGCAUAUCUAUGGCCUGGGCUUGCUUCUCCUCAUUAUUGUUGUCAGCGCCUUUGUCUUCAACCCCGGACUGCUGUGGACACUGACAGGCUACGUGGUGGGCUACUUCAACAUGCUGCCUUCCUACCACCGCCUGCAGCAGGAUGUGUGGCGGCUCUAUCAGGUGGCUGUCCUGACGCUGGGUAUGGCCAUGACCUCCCAGGCCUGGCGCAGGUUGGUGGACUGGAGCCUGCAGGUGACCAACUGGAGCCAAGGAGGCAGAACGAUGAACCGGGAAAGCAACCAGCGUGGGGCAGCUGCGUCUGUGCCAAGACCAGCGGCCCCUGGCAGGCUGACCCUGGCAGGGGUUGGCCAGCUGCCAGCCGAGCACGUGGACCAGCUGGAGGCAGAGCAGGUACCACAAGCACGUCCUGCUCUGAGUCGAAGUGCCGUGGCAGGACAGCGUUUCCAGCUGCCCAGGGAGGAACCGAGCACCUCCUGGGGGAAAGGUCUGAGGAGGCAGCAGCUGAAUGCAGCAGCUGGGGAUGGUGAAGGCACUCCAGACAAUGACCCCUGGGUGCUCCUGAAAGAACAAGAGGAACGCAAGAAAUGUGUCAUCUGUCAAGACCAAACCAAGACAGUCCUGCUUCUGCCCUGCAGGCACCUGUGCCUGUGUCAGGAGUGCACAGAAGUCCUCCUGCAGCAGGCCAUCUACCAGCGCAACUGCCCACUGUGCCGCCAGAUGAUCCUCCAGACGCUCAAUGUGUACUUGUGAACCCAAGGCGGGCAAGUGGCUUGGAUCAUUUUCCCAGGAGAUCAAGGGCACCCCUCUCUCUGUCUCUUGCUGGGAAGUAGAACUUCCCAGGGCUGCCUCGAGCAGCUUCCAAAGAAUUAUGAUGGUGCUGAAAGGUCAAAAGAAUGCAGGGGGUGUCUGCUAGCCAUAUUUGCUAUGUAACUAGAUUGUAGCUCUUGCUAGCAAGCACAAUAACUGAUCUCUGCAGCAGGCUGAAAGAGUAAAGUUUUUUUUGUUGACAACUUUUGCUGUUUCAGAGCCUGUUGCCUCAAGCCUGCAGCCUCAAGCCUGCAGCAGUCUGAGAUCCAAAACAGAGCACAGAAAGAUGCUCUGGUCCCUCUUAGCCAAAGCUGGUGGAAAGGUCAAAAGCUAUGCCCUCCUGGGAAUCACAAGGGCUAGCACAAUGCAAGGGAGGGUUCUUCCCUAGACCUGCCCAGAAAACUACCUGGCAGACUGUAUUCAUGCCUCUGUUUCCUCCUCUGACCGUCUAAGUGGGGCAGCUCCUUGGGAAGGGAGAAGUGUGCCCCUUUUGCAAAGCCCUAGUAGAGCAAUGAGCACACUCGAGCUUUUUAAGCUUUGCUGAGUCUGCCUCUCAGCUGGAGAAGAGCACUGUUUCUGGGGUACUUCAUUAUCCCAGCCACAGUGGUUUUGGUUUUUGAGCUUCCUGUUCCCUUAACCAGGACGAGGAGCUGAGAUGAACGCAGGCUCCCUGCAGAGCUCAGUGUUGCUGCCACUUCCACGCAUUACCUAUGCAAGACUAGCAAGUGCACAUCAGGCUACUGACAUGAGGAGGCUGGAGGGAGUUACUCUUUCUGCAGGGGUGGUGCUGCUGCUUGGGAAACCUGAGGGGCGGCUGGCCAGUCAGGGCUCACAGCCCUGGCGGCAGCAGCAGCAUAUCUGAGCCAAUGCUGUCAAGUUCUUUCUAGAUAAUACACAUUUUCUUCAGGCUCAGAGUGCCAUGGAACUGGGUGAUUCAUACCAGUGCUUGCUUGCUGCUUCUCAGGCUGGACUGGCUAGAAGGAGUAACUCUUUGGGAAGAGAGGACACCCCAAAGUUUCUGGGAGCCCACCUAGACAUUCCAACUCCAGGCGUAAGUUCUGUAUAUCCGUGCUGGGGAUCUGCAGCUCUGUGCGUGGAGCAGUACCAGAACCAUGGCUAUCUUUGAUUAGGGCAGGGUUAUGCUGCUGUUCUGUCUUACUGUCUGUCAGAAAUGUAGCUAGUUUUAUUAAAAGCAUCCCCUGAAGUCUAUCAAGGGCAUCCAAUCCUGGCUGGGAAGGCCUGAGAUGGCUCAUGCCAGCUUGGUCAACCAGAACCAUUCCAAAAAAUUGCUGGGCUACAAGACGGCCUUGCACUAAAAAGCUUUUUCUUUUCCAGCUGCUUACCUGGGGUCAGCCGCGUGCCACGGCCAGUUUUGGCUAGAGCCAGAUAGGAAAGAGUCUUGACUCCUGAACUGCAAGCCAAGAGCCUGAAGGUGGCUGGCAUGGUCUUCCUUUUCCAUUCUCCUUGAUUAGUGACUUAAGCCAAAACAGAGGCAGCAGAGAGGCCCAGCCAUGCCGGGAGACACCUCUCUGCUGUAAACCUGAGCUGUGGCAAGAUACUAUCUUGUAGAGUGGUUGUGCAGGGUACUGCGGGGGCUGGUUUCCCCCCAUGUUUGCUGGGGGCUGGAGGGACUCCCUGGGCCAAGGUGGACUCCUGAGCACUAAUGGGUGUUAGAAGGGCCUGGCACACAGCUGUCAGCUGCUUCCACAUCCCUUUGAAGAUACGCAUAACUCCCUGCCCAAGCCCUGUUGCUCAGCCUCUUGUCCCUGUGCCUCCCCAGACACAUACCACCCAUGUUAAUAUUUGCUCUCCCCAGCCACCUCUCCUGUGGCUGCAGCCAGUGACACUUGCAGUUGAGUAGCCAAGGCCUUGCCAGAGCAGUGAGUGCAGCCUCACAGGCUCUGUUCACCAGGGUCCAGCUCAUCCCAGGCACCUGCAGAGGUCCUCCUGCAAGAGGAGAAAGGGAGCGGCACCCUUCCCUGGACUUGCCUCUGGAGACACCUGGGAGUGUGGCCCAGCUCCUGGCUGCAGGCAGUGGUGUUUGGUCAGGAGCAGCUCAUGGAUCUUGGGGUGCAAUAUUUCCUACAUGAAUUAUGGGGGGGGGGGAAGGACACCUACCCAGGACUGCAGUUUCCCCCCUCAACCCAUUUUUCUUUUUAGCAGUCACGCUUAUUUUAGGGCCUGUUUGUUUGCUGCCUGUUUAUAAAAAAAAAGCUUUGCCUUAAGUUUAACUCUUUGCACUAUGGACUAGUUACUGAGCAGAUUAAAGUCUCCUUUACCAAAA